GCCAACGCGUCGACUAUCUCAACCCGCCAUAGCUCCCCUCGACCUCCACAACGUCAACCAUCACCUCGAUAUCCUCUCAUCUGGAACUAGACAAGUUCUUUUUGAGCUUCGCUUUCUAAUUUAAACCGAUUUCCAACAUCAACCCCACGAAUCCCUCACAAUGUCGGCCGGCGCAUACGAUCGACACAUUACCAUCUUUGCUGACAAUGGUCGGCUUUAUCAAGUUGAGUACGCCUUCAAGGCGAUCACAGCCGCCAACAUUAUGUCUGUCGGUGUGAGGGGCAAGGACUGUGCUGUCGUCUUGUCUCAGAAGAAGGUUCCCGACAAGCUCAUGGACCCUGCUUCCGUCACCCACAUCUUCCAACUCUCUCCGUCAGUCGGUUGCGUCAUUACAGGAUCCAUCGCGGAUGCCCGAGCUUUCGCCCAAAGAGCUCAGGGCGAGGCUGCCGAGUUUCGAUACAAGUACGGUUAUGAGAUGCCAGCUGAUGCUCUGGCCAAGCGUCUUGCCAACAUCAGCCAAGUCUACACUCAGCGGGCUUACAUGCGACCUUACGGCGUUGCGACCACACUGAUCUCGCUCGAUUCGGAAUACGGCCCCCAACUGUUCAAGUGCGACCCUGCUGGAUACUACAUUGGUUACAAGGGAACUGCGGCUGGCCCGAAGCAACAGGAGGCGCUGAACCACCUUGAGAAGAAGCUCCGCAAUAAGGAGCAUGCGGAGGGUUCUUGGGAGGAGGUUGUUGAGCUUGCCAUUACGACAUUGAGCACAGUUCUGAGCAUGGAUUUCAAGAAGGGGGAGAUCGAGAUUGGUAUCGUGGGUGGCCCCCGACCUGAAGGUCAAGAGGGAACCUACUCGGGCUUCAGAACUUUGACCGAGGACGAGAUUGACGACCGAUUACAAGCUAUUGCGGAGAAGGACUGAACAAGUAGAGAGAACGAUAUGGAACAUGCAUGAAACAUUGCCAGUCUGCGACAGUGGAAAGGUCGGUGCUCUCUGUCGCGAGGGAUUAGAGGUUUGAUUCGCGGACUGUAGCGGGGACGGCGUGCUGUUCCCAAGAGCGUGGAUCACAAGGCCAAUGCAGGGGGAUGGAUUAUCAAGAUCAGGAACUUGGAUGCCGUCGUGACCACGGGUCCAAUCCAGUGUGUCACUAGCCGUCCUAACCAUGUGCAAUAGAAAUGAUGAACCUCUUCCAUCUGG